AACAAGCUUUGCGUGCUAUUUCAAACUCCACAAGUCUGUUUUUUGCAAAUUCUGCAGCCUGCUGAGCACAGCCAGUUGACUCAAGCGCCAUACCUCUGCUCCAUAGUGGGCACCCGUGUGUCACGGGCACGACGAGAUUCGGCGGGGAUGGCGCGGUGGCGGGCGCGGCGCCUGCUGCCUCUGGCCACCUUCGUCACACUCGGCAUGAUCCUUGGUGAGCACUGAGCACGCACCGCGCCUCCAUCUACUCCCCUCGUUUCGCCCCGCGGCUCCUGCGGCCCCUCGGUUUGCAUUCUCUUGUCUCAGCUUGGCUUCUUGCUGGAUCGAGUCUGAGCGUGGCUCGGGCUAGUUGGGGGAGGCGGCGGAAUGUCGAGCAUGCUUCUCUCCGGCUGCUCAGGAUCUUUGCUUCAGUUAGCACUUCUUCAUCGACUAGAUGGCUAUUCAGUGCAUGCAGAUAGUGAUCCAGAGGCUGUUCUUCUUCGCCUUGGAUAUGUGAAGCCUGAAGUUAUCAGCUGGACGCCAAGGAUAAUUGUUUUCCAUAAUUUUCUUAGUUCAGAGGAGUGUGAUUACCUAAUGGCAAUUGCUAGACCAAGACUCCAAAUAUCCACUGUAGUGGAUGUUGCAACAGGAAAGGGUGUAAAAAGUGAUGUUCGGACGAGUUCUGGUAUGUUUGUGAAUUCUGAAGAAAGAAAAUCUCCAGUCGUUCAGGCUAUAGAGAAGCGAAUAUCUGUGUUCUCUCAAAUACCUAAAGAAAAUGGGGAGCUCAUUCAAGUAUUGAGGUAUGAAGCUAGUCAGUAUUAUAGACCACAUCAUGAUUACUUCUCUGACACUUUUAACCUUAAGCGCGGAGGGCAGCGUGUUGCUACAAUGCUUAUGUAUUUGACAGAUGGCGUUGUAGGUGGUGAAACUCACUUUCCGCAGGCAGGAGAUGGAGAGUGCAGCUGUGGAGGAAACGUGGUCAAAGGAUUGUGUGUUAAGCCAAACAAAGGGGACGCUGUUCUCUUCUGGAGCAUGGGAUUGGAUGGUAACACAGACCCAAACAGUAUCCACAGCGGGUGCCCUGUUCUGAAAGGAGAGAAAUGGUCCGCGACGAAAUGGAUGAGGCAGAAGAUGACUUUCUGAUUAGAGCUGGUUUGGUGGGUACAGGGAGAGUUGGUCCCACUCCAGGGGUAACACCUGCAAGAUGUCUCAUUAUAGCAAUGCAUACAGCAACACAUGGAUUUCGCAGGGUCAGACCUGUGCAAUCGCUGUUAACGCUUCGUCGUUCAAUCACAGGGUUGGCGAGGUCUUUGAUACUGCCCUUCGAUUGCCCUUUCCACUCUCGACUGUUUGGAUUCCAGAGCAUA